AUGAGGGUAGCAUUACCAGCGGCGAAACUUUGGCAAACCCUUCUACGACCGAAUCGACUUAACCAGCAGAAUGCGGUUCUGUUUCGGAAAUCAUUUCCAGCUAACGGGCCACGUAGACUGAUAUCAUAUGAAAUGAAAGAACUUUUAAUAAAAGCUGGACCGAAAGUAACGGUAAUCAAUUCGCCUAUCCCUACUCCAAACAAAGAUCAAGUUGUUAUCAAAGUCGUUGCCGUUGGAUCUAAUCCCAAAGACUGGAAGCGUCCUGAAUGGCGUGGUAAUGUUAUCAAUCAAGGGGAUGAUGUGGCGGGGUAUGUUCACGCUGUGGGAGAGAACGUCACCGAGUUCAAGCCUGGAGAUCGUGUUGCGGCGUUCCAUGAGAUGGGCGGCCCAGGGGGUGGAUUAGCUGCAAUGACGGCAGCAAUGGCUCUUUUCUCUCGCCUCCCGCUGCCCAUGCCCUGGUCACCAGCCAAAAAGCCAACACCACUCAUCAUAUAUGGCGCAUCCUCCGCCGUAGGUUGCUUCGCAAUCCAGCUCGCCAAACGUGCCAACAUCCACCCUUUGCUCUGCGUUGCCGGAAAAGGUGCAUCGCACGUCGAGACAUUGAUUGACCGAUCCAAAGGGGAUACGAUUAUUGACUAUCGACAAGGACCGAAUGCCGUGGCUCAAGGCUUCAGAGACGCUCUUCGAGCCAAUGGUUUACAGGAGGUCAAGUACGGCUUUGAUGUCAUCAGUGGGAACGAGAGCUGGAAACCGAUGGUUAAGGUUAUGGAUCCACAUGGUGCAAUUACUCUCCUGCUGCCAUAUCCUGAGAGCGACAUUCCGCAAACGAUGAGCCAUGUACGCACUGCUGUUGGGGGCUCACAUGGGGGACCUGGGACUCGUGAUUAUGACCCGGACUUGGCAUAUGUUUUCUUCCGCUUGUUUGCCAAAGGACUUGCCGAUGGAUGGUUCAAGGGACAUCCGUAUGAGAUUAGGAAAGGAGGGCUCGAUGGAGUGGAGGGUGCGCUAGCUGAUUUGAAGGCUGGGAAAGCUAGUGCGGUGAAAUACGUUUUCAGAGUUGAAGAUACCCCGGGCUUAGGAAGAAAGGAUGGAACAGAGUGA